AUGAAUUGGGGGCUUCUCUUUGUGUUUCAGGUGGGAAUAUCCUCUGGAGCAAAUACAGUCGCAGCGCUGAGGCUCGCCAGGAGGCCAGAGAACAAGGGGAAGCUCAUCGUGGUAUUUCAUUUGCUUCUUAGAUUCCUUCAUUUCAUGUCGGGUAUAGAACUGACUGCUCGACCCCACUUCCUCUACUCCAGUCUCACCCCCUCCCCCCUCCCCGCCGUCUCUGUCUCUGUCUUUGUAUACAUGCAUGCAUCUGCGCAGUCAUUGUCGCUAGAACAUGCCAAGAGAAACCUAGCCUCUCUCUCUCUCUCUCUCUCUCUCUUUCUCUUCUCCGUUUAGUAGUUUCUAUAAGAUGAAAAGAGACGACCCACCUUCACCCUCUUAAUUAUAGAACUAACUGCUUGGAUUCAUUUCUUCAACUCCAAUUAUUUCCCCCCCUCCGUCUCUCUGUCUCUGUCUCUGUCUCUGUCUCUCUUUAUAUACAUGCAUGUAUCUGUGCAGUCAUUGUCGUUAGGACAUGCCAAGAAAUAUCUAGCCCCUCCCUCUUAUCUCUCUCUCUUCUGUGUUUAGUAGUUUCUGUAAGAUGAAAAGAGACGACCCACCUUCACCCUCCUCUUCAGCGGUUGAGAGGGUUGACUCGCCCUCUCUCUCUCUCUCUCUCUUCUGUGUUUAGUAGUUUCUGUAAGAUGAAAAGAGACGACCCACCUUCACCCUCCUCUUCAGCGGUUGAGAGGGUUGACUCGCCCUCUCUCUCUCUCUCUCUCUCUCUCUCUCUCUCUCUCUCUCUCUCUCUCUCUCUUCUGUGUUUAGUAAUUCGGUAAGAUGAAAAGAGACGAACCCACAUUCACCCUCCUCUUCAGCGGUUGAGAGGGUUGACCUGCCUUCUCUCUCUCUCUCUCUAUAUAUAUAUAUAA